GCAUUGCACGCCAGUAUAAAUGGAUUUUGAAAUCAAUGAGUCCUUCAGUUGUUGCCUUACUUUCGACCAAAGGAAUCAUCGAAAGGGAACACUUGACCCGGCUUAAGACGAUAUGAAGACUCUACUUCUUGGAUUUUUCCUUCUUUCUCUCUCCACGUUGAGAGUGCAAUCGAAGCCACAAAUCACGAGACUGUUCCCGAUCCCAGAAGAAACGAGCACUCCGAGGCAAGAAACUAACACCGAGGCAAAACCACUGGAUAAGUUGCUCGGGAAAUUGCGAGCCACGUACAACUUCGUGUUUCGAAAGCCAGAGAACACGAGUAACGUGGAGAAAAUUUUGGCCAAGGAUACACCGAAUCCAGACGUCGAAGCGCUUAAAUUAAUCUGGUCCAAUCGAAUGCAAGAGAACUCGAAGGACAAAGAAGAUUCAGGAAAGAAGUCUGAAUUAAAAGUCACGUAUUUAGGAUCAUCAAACGAUGAUUGGGUAAACGAUAUUCGACCUUUGGAAGACUUAGAACCAUUGGAACCAUUGGAACUGCAGGAUGAAGUGGAAAAUGACAGAGACCGAGAAGUGGAGAUCGUCACACCGAGAACUGCUUUCCAGUUUCCGGUGACGCUCAGUCGUCAUCUUGUUGAUUGGCUUGGAUCACUUUUAGGAAUCACCUACGGUGUCUAUUCUAAAUUGGCUAGAGCUAUUUAUACCAAUAAUACGAUACGUGUUAAUUAAUUAUAAUUAACGAUGGCUUAUUAAUUAUAAGGAACAUGUAUUAUACCGCUUGGAUGGACUUUCAUUUGUAUUAAAAGAUUAUUGAGAAGUAAAAGGAGAUGUAGAUGAUUAUCCCAGGAGCUGAAAUAAUAUGCAGACACAGUAGAAUUUCAUUUAUCUGAAUCUAUUGAGAAAAGAAAUUUGGGUCAUUGUCACUUUUCAAAGUAAAUAGAUUCAAUUCUAAACCUUCUGUCUUGUGAUUGUUAUUUAGUAGCUAUUCAAGCAAGAAUUGACUAUUGGAAUAUUAUAUAUAAUUUAAAAUAUUGUCAAUUUAUUGUAUAUAAUGUAAAACAUGUUAAAGUACAUUGUAUAUAGUAUACAAUUUAUUAUAUAUAAUAUAAAAUUAUUAUACAUAUAUAAUUUAUUCUUACAUUAAUCUUUAACUUAAAGAAUUGAAAUUAGAUUAAACUAAACUUCAAUCCCUGCCGAAUAGGAAUUGAAUUACUUGAUAUAAAAAUAUCAUUCCAAUAAAUGAAAAGUUCAGAUAAAUGAAAUUCUAUCGCAGAUAAUACAAGUAAACAUUUUCUUUACACUUAUUUUAUUCAAAAAUAUCUCGGUCUGAAAAAUACAUGUGUUACUUUUUCUUCAUUCAUCUUCUUUCUUUUUUCAUUUCUUUCUUUUUUUUAUUUUUUUUUUUUUUU